AUGGACUCCAAAAAACGCGAGGCUUUAUGGAUCGACUUUGAGAGUAGCAAGAACUACGCCAUCAGAAUCCACGUCGGUAACGUCAACAUCGUCUCGGGUGAGCCCAAGAUUCCGACUCCUGCGGCCGAACUUCGUCGUCGACAGCUCUUGAAGCAAGAGAAAUGUAUCCAGGAUUACAUUGUUGUUCCCUACCAGAAGUGA